CAAAGAGGCGUGCUGUGUUGCCACAGCAACAUCCGCCAACAGGAAGCGCGAAGAGAAGAGAUAGAUGUUUUCAGCAGCAAACUAUAGCUGAGUCAAUGAACAAACCACCCCAAAUCAACAUUUCACCAUGUCUGGUAACAAAGAACUCGCUCCGGCAUGGCCAUCUACUUCAAAACAAGAGAACAAAAAACUGAAAGAUGCUUCUUCCAUAGUACCUGUCAGCAGGGAUAAUAAAGAACUUCCAGAGUUAAGAGACAAGUCAGCUGUGGCAGACCUCUCAAAGCCUCUUCCCACAUCUUUACGGCAUGAUUUCAUCCCAGAAGAGAUCUUUGUUGCUUUGACCUCUGCUGCCAACCCUAUCCCUUGUCCCAGUUUUUUAAGACCUCCCAAGAAAACAAAAAGUAUAAAAGACUUUCAGGGUUGUAUCCGUACUGUUGAUGGGGUCUGGCAACAUCCUGUCCGCAGAAACAAGUUUAGAUAUCUGAUAGAACAUCCCAUCUGCCUGACAGGAGCUGGAAGGGAUGUCUCUUUUCUAUAUGAUGUUGCUGCUGAUAAAGAGGCAAAGAAUCCUCCCCCAACUCCUGUGCCUCAUAAGACUUCAAGAAGUUUGAAGCAGGAAGCCGAUGCAGCUAAACCAUCAGCAGGCAUAGCUGACAGUCUUGUUCCAGAGGAAUUUCAUGUUAUAAAGAACAGAGGUGUCCUGGGCUUGGAGUAUUAUGAUGAUAAAUAUACAACGCUACUUGAAGAUGAGGAAAACAGGUUGCGGGUUUUUCCAUCCAUGAAGCCCGCUGGGAGGCUGGAGGUCCUCCAGCUGAUGAAGGUGAUGGACACCAUGCUGGAAAAGGCUGGAACAAAUAAUAGGGAUGUUGGAGUAACAGGGAUUUCUCAGAUGCACAAUGUCCUGGAGGUGCUGAAGGUGGAACAGAACAUCUACAAUAUAGUGUUUCACGAAAUCAUCCGACAAGUCAGUGUGGACUGUGCAGAACGAGGAGAGCUGCUUUCCAGGCUCAGACAAAGAUAUGUUGAGCUGCUGGAGCGGAUUCCAAGACAGAUGAGGAAUCUUUACAAAGAAAUGAUGGCACAGAGGGUAAUGGACAAACACAUCACAGAUGAAUUAUUCAGUUUCAAAGAAGCUAUAGGGAAACUGACAAGGGAGCUGAAUACCAUCCGAGAACAUGACCGUAGAGUAACUGUUGAAGCGGAAAAAGCCUAUGAGGAAUUAGCAAAGGCAGUACGGGAUUCUGAGAUGAAUGCAAACCUUUUGGAUGAAUAUCGUGAACUAUAUGAAUUGCAGAGAGCAAGGCUUGAGACCCAGAUUCACCAGUUAGCCCAAGAGAAAGAGCUCUGGAGCAAUGCUACAUAUGAUUUGGCUCUGAAGGUGAUUGAAAAGAACAAGUUGAUAUUGGCUCGCAGAAUGUAUGACAGUGAAAAGGCUUGGGUCAAAGUCAUGAGACAUUUCAAUAUGAUGUUGGCAUCACAGGACGCCACUGAUCUUUCCACUCUUCAGGAGGUGACACAGGAGUUCCGGGAACUUGUGAGCCAAAUUGGCAUAGAGGUGGAGCAAGUUGAAGAAACUAGUAGGGAGAGAGCAAGGAGUAUUCAGAAUGGUUUGGCUGGUUGGCUCAAUUACUUCCAGAAUCAUGUUCUUGGAAGAGGAAAUUACAGUCAUGGAAAAGGUGCCUCUUUGUUGGAUCAAGUCCUUGUGGAUCUCAAGGUCUGGGAAAAGAUGUUGAAUGAGGAGUUGGCCCAGUUUGGCGGCGACAUGCUUCUAGUGAGACAAGAGCCCCUCAAGGCAGCUGCUGAUCUACAGAAGCGUUGGGUGGAGCUGGGAGUUGCUAUGCAUGGCCGUCACAGGGAUCUCAAAGGCAAGAUGCCUCCCGAGUUGAAAACGCUGGAGAAAAUCAACAGAUACUCCAACACUCUCUGUGAGCAGCACCGUAUAAGGAUCGGUGGAGAGAAUGGGUCUGCUAGGAUUUUAACAACUUUGGUCAACGGUUUGGAAGACUGGACAUUCAAGCUGCUAGCCAGCAAACAAAAGUCUGGUAUGCAUGAAACUGACUGGAUAAAAUUUUUCCAAGCAGUUUCUGAAUGGAUUAUUCAGAUCGAUGAUCUGUUGAAGUUCAUUGGUUCCACCGAGACUCCAGAGGAACGAAGGCUUCGAACAUUUAAUAUUUCGAUGGUCCCUGAGGAUGUGUUCAAGAAGAUUCAGCAGUGGAUCCUGACCACUACUAGUGGUUCUGAGAAAGAAAAUGUUCAGCUUACCCAGGAAUUAACCGACUUCCACAAUGUUUUGAGCAAGUGGAUGGUAAACCUGCUCAUCCACAUGGUGCCAGACCACAUCACUCAUGAUACUCUCCCCUUGACUGAUGCAGAAGCAGCAAGGCAGGCAGAACAGAAGAUGUUGAGCAUUUUCAAGCUGGAAGGAGAUGCCAUGGGCCUGGCUGCAAAGCUGAGCAAGUUCUCCUGUUACAUAGUCAGCUGUUGCAAGGAGAUGGUUUCAAUGAUAACGCGUAAGAAAAUGGCUGCUUUAGAACCAAAUGCAGAACUUGAAUUGCAACAAUUGGAGAAGAUCAAGACAGAGUGCCUGGAUUGGAUUGAGACCUGCAACCUUCUGCUGUCUCAGAUGAAGACCACUCCCACCAGCUUAAUCAGCCAAGAAGAACUAGUCAGGUUAUUUGGAUCAGAGGUGCUUCAGCCAAAACGACAACUGCCUCCUCCCCCGGAACAUGAUAUGAGGAGCAUCUCCACUACAGAAGAAGCUGAGGAAGGUAAAAAAGGCAAAGCAGCUGUGGAGGAUACAAAAGAUAAAGAAACAGUGGGAAAGGAGCAAGUGCUAGGAACAGAGGAACAAGCACUUGUGCCCAGUACCAGUACUGGUAAGCAGGCUGAAAGCGCUGAGAUCGUUUACCCAGUCAGAUAUAUUGGUGACGAUUCUAAUGUGCAUGUCAAAUCUAUGAAAGCGGAAGAAAUCACAGUGUCAGGGAGGGACUUGUAUGCCAGUCAGUGGACCACUAAAUUCUCGAAAAAGGAAUUUGAGAUGCUGGCUUCACUGGAAAUUCUGGAAGAGCGGCUCAUAGAGGCUGAAAAGCGAGCACAGCAAGCUGAGGAAAAAUCUGAAGUCCUUCAUGAGGAGUUGGAAGAAGCCCUAGCAAAAAUCCAGAACCUGGAGGGUGAGGUGCCAAAGCGGAAGGCUUCUGCAGAAAAGACAGAAAAACUUGAACCAGAAGUCCCUCCUAAGCAAAAGCCUGAUUCUUCACGGCAUUCUUCUAAACCAUCUACACCACGUACUAAGAAAGCCGGCAAACCCAAGCGCUGAAGAAGAGGGUGACAUCAAAAAAGCCUUUGGCUCCUGCCUGUAGUUGACACUAGCUACAGACUGAGGGUCGCAUAUCUCUGGAGUGCAGGGGCUACUUGGAAUUCUCUCACUUCUUUUAGUGUAUUAGUGUAGUACAUGGACAGGAGUUAACUGAAUGUUUUGGGUUUGUUUGCCAGUUUUUAUUACUUAUAUAGAAAAUAUUCAAGUUCUAGGUUGUGGUUUCCCCGACAUUUCACUGUAUUUAUCUAUACAAAUUGUGGAUUGGAUUUAAGAGUAACUCAGAGGAAAGAU